AUGGGUUUAACACUUCAUCAACACGGCCAUAGUCACGGUGGCGGCCAUGGUCAUAGUCAUGGUGGCGACCAUGGUCAUAGUCAUGGUGGCGGAAAACACCAAGGUGAUGACAAAAAUAUAAAUGUUCGAGCAGCAUAUAUCCAUGUUCUAGGCGAUUUCAUUCAAAGCACGGGUGUCCUCGUAGCGGCCUUGAUUAUUUAUUUCAAGCCUACUUGGAGUAUUGUAGACCCCAUCUGCACAUUUUUGUUUGCUAUUCUAGUCCUGUUCACAACGGUGGCCAUCAUUAAAGAUGUAAUGAAUGUUCUUAUGGAAGGAAUACCGAAGGGUUUCGAGUACUCAAGUGUCGAGAGUACAUUCAUGGGAAUCGAAGGGGUCGUCAAAGUGCAUAAUUUGAGAAUUUGGGCAUUGUCACUCGAUAAAACGGCCCUUUCCGCGCAUCUUGCUAUCAGUAAUUUUUUUAAAAUAUUAUUCUAUAUUUUCUCACUAUCAAAUAUUAUAAAAAUUCGCUAGGAAAUUCCAUUGAUU